CAAGCAAUUUGCAGUGGCCUUCGUUUCAGCGUCUGUGAAACAGGCUUCAUUAACUCAGCACUGAAUUUACUUGCAUCUCUACAUUGAGACUAAAUAUUGACUGUAAUUCAAGAAAGUUUAAGCUAAUGGAAGAUGUGAAAGUAAAGCUAGAACAGGAAUGCUGCAGUAGUACUGGUGGUGGUCCGCUGCCAAUGGAGGGAUUGUUUGAUGUUGGGCCCCCUCCAUUUCUAACCAAGACUUUUGAAAUGGUGGAGGAUCCUUCAACAGAUUCAGUGAUCUCAUGGAAUAGGGCCAGAAACAGUUUUAUUGUUUGGGAUUUUCACAAAUUUUCCACUAUUAUGCUGCCUAGGUACUUCAAGCAUAGCAAUUUUUCCAGCUUCAUUCGACAGCUUAAUACAUAUGGUUUUAAAAAGGUGGAUCCGGAUCGAUGGGAAUUUGCAAAUGAGGGCUUUUUGGGCGGACAGAAGCAUCUCCUCAAGACGAUCAAGAGGAGAAGAAAUGUUGUGCAGAAAUUGAGGCGACGAGGUGGAGAUCCGUGUGUUGAGUUAGGGCACUUUGGUGUGGAAGAACAACUCGAUAGACUGAGAAUGGACCGGAAUGUUUUGAUGACAGAAAUUACAAAGCUUAAUCAGCAGCAGCAAAAUUUGAGGGAUCGUAUUAUGGUAAUGGAGGAAAAAAUGCACGACGCAAAGAGGAAGCAACAACAUAUGAUGAGAUUUCUUGCUAGAGCCUUCGGGAAUCCUUCUUUUAUCCAGCAGUAUGUGGACAAAUAUGUGCAGAAGAAUGAAAAACGGUGCAUUGAAAAAGGACGGAAGAGGAGGCUUGCUAUGAGCCCGUCUUUGAACUACACAGGCCAAGACUGUGACAAGCUUACUAACAUCGAAUUGGAGAUGUUUUCCACUGUUGUGGAUUGUGAAUCGAGCAGUGGUAGCAGCUCGAAUCCUGUUACUGAGGAUGCGCUGGAAGUCUUGCUUAGUGAAGAUCUUUUGAGUGGUAAUAAUAUGGAAGAAGUAUUAGUAGGUGAUUGGCCUGAAGUUGAUGACGAGGUGGACGAUAUUGUAGCAAAAGCACAGUAUUGGGGUGAGGAUAUACCAGAUCUUGUAUAUAUGUAGACGUAACCCUUAAUGUUCUAGGACCAAUCUUGUGCAUCCCUUCAUAGAUAUUUAUUUCUACUGUUUUUAGUUUUUGGUACGUCGUUUGCAGAGUGUAGAAUUUUGUUACAGUUGCAAGGAAGUCAUGGGAAAUCCUUCAAUUGUUCAGUAUAUUCUCUGGUGCGCCCCAGCUCUCAUGUUUUGGCUAUGAUAUUUACUUUUGUAAUAGAAGUACGAAGUAAUUUGUUUUUUGCCAUGGAACGCGUAUUGUAUAUAAAAGCAUUUCUUC